CCUUCUUCUCAUCCCGUUUCUCAUCCUUUGACAAAAACUUUCAAUACGUAUUUUUUUUUGUACGAAAAAGAGAGAAAAAAAACAAAGGAAGUCGAAUCUGAAUGUUUUAAACGGCGAGAAAAAAGCAAUCGGAGUUUUUUAAUUUCAUACAAGAGAAACAUUAGAGCGGGAGGGAAAAAACUAAUUUUUAAACAAAAAACGAAAGUUAACUUCUUUGCGUGUGAAACACAUGGUUUCUUUUUAAAUUUCUCCCAUUACGUGUAGAUUUAAUUGUCGAUUCGGACAUUCAAUUUACGCUUAGACGUGAUGUAUUAUAGUUCAGCCUUGAUUUUGCGGAGCGAUGCGGAGCAAUCGGUAUUGUUGGAAAGAUUCGUUUUGUAACCUAGGAACCGAUGCUUGCGUUUCAUCGUGUCUUGUUAGCAAAAGUUAGCACUACGCGCUAAUUGCGAUCGGCGAGACAAAUUUCCCAAUAGUGCGUUUUAUUACAGUCGAUAAUUACACACCAUGUUUUGCGAUAGUUCGGAUUUCGUGGUCUUUCGGAAGACCAUAAACGGCGAACGUAUAGUUUUGUCCGAUACGAGAAAAAGAUUAUCUCCGAGAACUUGAGAAGUAUUUCUAAAGGAUGACUCAGCUAGAGCUGGAUCCUCAAUUUACCCAGGGACUCCGUCUUCUGCACUCAACCAACAAGGACUCUGCGGAACAGUUGAGGGCUUUGUUGGAUGAAGCAAUCAAACAAAAAUAUGGACCAUCUAAAAUGCUCUCAAAUGUGUUACAUAAAAAAUAUAUGAUAGAAGAAGCAGUAUUGAGCGAUCACAGCAGCAGUAGCAGCAAAAAGAGCAAAAGCUCCAGCUCAUCCAAGCAUUCCAGUAAAUCAAGCAAGAACAGUUCACCUGUUAAUCUGCCAGCACGUGAUACGCCACCGGACAUAUUGCAGACUGAUGAUACACUAGCAUUGGAAAUUCUAGAAGACGAUCUAACGUGUGUCAUUUGCAAGGGAAUGGACGUUGGCGCGAGAAAUAGACUAGUGGAGUGUCAAGAAUGUCACUCUUUGUAUCAUCAGGAAUGUCAUGUUCCACAUAUUUUGGAUUCACAAAUAGAUGUGCCGAAGCAAGUGUGGUAUUGCUCUAACUGUUCAAAAUCUCAGGUAUCAAAAGAAAGAAGUUCGCCAAAGAUAGAGAAUAAUUACACUGUGAUAGAAAAUAAGUCCAAAGAACAGAAAAAGCCCAGCUCAAGUAGCGGAGCUAAGAUAACACCAAAUAUUCAUAUUAUAAGCGCAGAUAAAAGACUGAAAGAUAUGAUGAAAAAAGCCAAGCAGGAUAAACGAAAUCCAGGUAGCGGAAACAGUUCGAAGAGCUCUUCGUCCAGCUCGACUGUAUCCUCGAGCAAGUCUCAGGAAAAAUCGUUAUUGUAUAAAAUAAAAAAUCAGGAGUGAAACGAAAUUCUGUCAAAAUAUAACAAAGAAAUUUAAGUAAACUAAAACAAGUAAGAUGCGAGCAAUGUAUAUUGUAAAAAUAUAAUAACUUUAUAGUUUUUUGUUGAUAUGUAUAUAUACACAUAUGUAUUUUUUUUAAAUGAAUUGUAUUGACAAUGAAUUUGUAAAUGAUUUUAUUGACACGGGAGGAAGAAUGUGUGACUUAGUAUUUGUCACGAGUAUAUUCCCGUAUACGAAUUAGGUAAGAGAUAAAAGAAAAAAAUCGGAAAGAUUGAGAAUCGCUCAUGACGAAAAAAAACAAAAAAAACAAGAAGUCCUAUAUAGAUGAUAUCACUAGAGUGUAUUUAUAGUGAAGUUUAAUCUCGAAAUACAUUCAAUCGAUAUUAGUACAAUUGGGCCUUUGUGUGUACCGUCUCCGAAGUGUUUCUUCCUUACUACCUAUAUAAAUACAAUUCCAUAUUAUACACUUUAUUAAUAAUUGUACAAACGUGCCAUGUAAAUUUGUUUAUCUUUUAAGCUUUUUCGCAUUAUUAUUACAAAAAUAUUAAGUAUGUAGAAAAUAAUGACAUAAUACUACUAUCGCUAAUAAUUAUUACACACGUAAUAUUAUUUGUAAUACACAUGUCUGCGUAGUUUUUUUGUUUUUUUUUUUA